AUGCAAGCAUCUACUGGAACACCCACUCAAUCGUCAAUGUUGUCCACCAAGGAAGUCACUUCUACAGUCACGACAAUAAAAGAGCAUUUCGAACCCGUAACCUGCCCUCCGGAAGACUUCGAUCAUUACUACGAGGUGCCACAGGCCGACGGCAGCAUAAAGCUGGUGCCACAUCGAAACCAUUUUCCGCGCACGAAGGCGAACAGCAUAGCGGUGCCUCGAGACCUAUGUUUAUCCAAUUCCAACCAAAGUCUGAUGCGACUCUGCGAACCAGGACGGGGCGAUCUAGACAGCCCUAAGUGGAGAGAACUCGGACCCGUUACUUGUCGCCAUCCGGCCAGAUCGCAACCAGAAAUCAAGCUGGAGACCAGCACUAGCAGUACUUGCGAGGCAGAAGACUUUCAGCAUCGCUACCAGUUCCAACUGAGGGACGGCCGCAUUGUAACUCUGCAGCAUCUGAACAGAUUCGGAAGGACUAAAGCCGGAAAAGUGGGCACCAUGCGGGACUUGUGCUUAAAGAGCAAUGGACUGCCUGUAACGCGUCGUUGCUUGGCGCAGCAAGCGGGCGCAGUCUGGGAAAGCCUCGAGGACGUGAUGUGCCACCAGGGAUCCCAGUACGAAGUAAGUCAGCAGCUGAACACACUGCACCAUAAACUGGGCGAGCCAAAUCCACUCAACAGUUAUGCGGUUGCCAAGGAAGUUCGCCAUUUGUUGGCCCAAUCGGAAGAACAGAAGAAACUGCUGCCAGCCGAUGUCGUCACGACGGAGGCCAUUUUCAGGACACUGGCUGAAGUGGAAAAGAAUGCGGAACUCGGCACAGACUUGCUCGGCAUUUGCAGCGACUUGAUGGCUACAAAUACGGACCUGUUGCGAUUGUCAGCAGAACUGAACGCCACCAAUGGACUGCUGCACUCAUUCGAGAGCUACAUCGAUGCACUGCCGCAGCAGCUGGUGCCGCGCGAGAGCUGCCACCAACCUGUCGCCAAGCAGAUGGUUAACAGCAGCGCGGAGGAGGGUGGCGUGAAGAUAAUAAACUACGCCCAUAUAGGUGUCCAGGCAAUGAUGAGCCAAAACCUCAGCGUGUUCUUUGUGAAUCCCUCCUGCCAUAACAUCACGGGAAUUGCAAUAUAUGGACAGGAAGCACCGCAACUACUCCCCUCAUACAGUGGUUUCUGGUUCCGAUUUCUAUACGCCAAUGAGAGCGUCUAUACGCUGAAGACGGAGGCUCUUCUGGAGGUAGCCACAUUUCUAACUGAAGAGCUUUGGCACGCCGUGCACAGCCGAGGAGCCAACUAUCUAAUCUUUAAGGUCUAUGCCUAUGAUACGCUCUUCGUGGAAACUACGGUGGAGCGAAUGAGGCGACCGCGCAGCAAGGUGCUCUCCAUUUCAAUACCCGAUUAUAAAGAUAAACUACCCUUCCCUUUGCCCUUUCUACUGCGUAAUGAAAAUCAAAAGAAUCCGGAUAGUCGCGCCAUCCAGAUGGGCAGCGGUUGCGGUUAUUGGAACUACGAGACGUGGCUGAGCGAUGGCAUUGAGACGACAGGCAACAAUUUAAUAGAAGAUCCCAUUAUUGUUUGCUAUGCCUAUCAUCUGACCCAGUUCUCGUUCCUGCUGGGCGGCAGCUACGCCCAGCAACGCAUCACAGACAUUGUUCUCAUCGAGGUGGCUUCGUGGCAUGAGAGAGUUCUGGACAGAAUCUCGAUUGUUGGCUGCUGUCUCUCGCUGUUCGGCCUACUAGGGAUCUGGGUAACGGCAAUACUGUUCAAGAAUUGGCGAAGCCAGGCCUCCACAAUGGUGCUACUGCAUCUUUGUCUGGCGCUGACCCUCCAAAUGAUUCUUCUCAUCUUUCUGAACACUCAAGACGUGGCCGAGCAAUUGGCUCUGGAGCGAGAUGCUCGGUGUAUCGCAUUAGGCGCACUUCUCCACUACUCAGUGCUGGUUGUCUUCAGCUGGAUGCUGAUCAUUGCCUUCAUGCAGUUCCAGCGCUUCGUCACGGUGAUUGGAUUUAGGCGACCGCAGCACUAUAUCGCCAUAGCAGCGCUGGUGGCCUGGACUCUGCCGCUGUUGCCGACGCUGCUGUUGGUGGCCCUCGAUCCCCAGUCGUAUGUGCCCUCGCAGGAUCAGGAGGACACGCACACGGCUGUCUGCUAUCCAUCCGGCUAUGGCUUAACCUACGGGGUGGUGCUCCCCAUCGCUCUCGUCACGGCUGCCAAUGCACUGAUGGUCUUCUGCAUCAUGCACAGCGUCUUCAAAGUGCAAACCAAGAAGCGACAGCUUAUCUUCCAGCAACUCCGACUCUGCGUCUUGCUGUUCUUUCUACUCGGCCUGACCUGGAUCUUUGGCCUAUGUAGCUAUAUGCGCUUUGGCAUUGCUUUCUCGUAUUUGUUUUGUGUGACGGCUUCGUUGCAGGGUUUCGUGAUAUUCGUCUAUUUUGUGGUCGUAAACAGAUCUACCAGAAAUUCCUGGCGAGCUCUCUUAAACGGCUCCAGCUUCAAGGGUGGCCAGCAGUCGAGCGAAGGCGCUUCUCGGACACUCUCCAGAUCCACGACGCAGAGUGACAAAACGACCGUCGCGUCUGUUUAA